GUAGCAAACUCACACAGCGAUUAUCUUUCAAAGCGGCCUUGGGCUGAUCGACAAUGGCCAGCCGCGGAAAGCUUCGCUGGGGAGACACUCUAGAUGACGAGGACCUGCUGCCUCCCAGCGUUACAAAGGGACCCGAUGACAACGGCAUCAAGACGGUGAUUGAGUAUUACAAGAAUGAGAAGGGCGAUGCGCUUAAGAAGACCACCAAAAUCAAGGUGGUCACCGUGGAGAAGAAGGUCUAUAAGGUCUCCGAGGAGCGCCGUAACUGGCCUCGCUUCGGCGGAGCGGCCAAGGAGACGCCCCAGGACUCGGUGACCGUGCAGGGUAUCGAUGAGAUCCCUUUCGAGCGCGUCCGCCAAAUCAAGGCCACGACGCAGGAGAAGAAGGCCACGGAUAUUCAGCAGGUGCUGGCGACGGCCGACAAAACCGUCAUCUCUGGCAGCAUCAAGGAGAUGCUCUACAAGAAGCGCAUGGAGCGCGAGCUGCUGCGUGCGAAGGGCCUGCUCAAGGAGGCGGAGAAGCCCCCGGAAGAGGACGGCAAGCCCGGCUCCGGCCCCGGCCUGGGCGCGCCCAAGGCUGGCAGCUACGUGCCGCCCAGCCUGCGCAACCGCGGCCCGGGCGACGGCGAGAGCAUGCAGAAGAAGCGCGAGGACAACUCGAUCCGUGUGACCAACCUGUCGGAGGACGUGACGGAAGGCGACCUGCAGGAGCUGUUCCGGCCAUUCGGCGCCGUGUCGCGUAUCUUCCUGGCGGUCGACAAGAACACGGGAGAGAACCGCGGCUUUGCCUUCGUCAACUAUGUGCAUAGAGACGACGCCGACCGCGCCAUCCGCAACCUCAACGGCUUCGGCUACGAUAACCUCAUUCUGCGCGUGGAGUGGGCCCAGCCGCGUGAGGCCAAGUAAAGCGGCGGCAGCAGCGGCACCGGCGGUUGCAGCAGUAUCAGCAGCACCGGCGGCGGUGGCUACCGGAGCGGCGGUGGCGGCAGCAGCGUAAGGAGCUGAAGCGGCUGCGCCAGCCGCUUUGCACGCAUGAGCGCGCGUACCAGCGGAGCGGUCCUGCGCAGUCACGGGGCUUUGCUGGGAAUGGACGCGUGAGGAUGUGCCCGGCCAAAAAGGGAGGGCGACCGCGGCAGUGGCGGCCCUACCAGCAGCGGCAUGUGAGGGCGUGGGACGCGCGUGCAAGCCGCGCGGAAGUAGCGUCGGCGGCGGACGGGGGGCGGCCAGCGGCGGCGUGAACGCAGUGCGCGGACACGAGCGGACGCUGGCCGGCGUGCGGCCUGGCGCGGUAUCAGUCAGUCAGUCAGAGCUGAGCGCGUUUACUGACAAUGCAGGGGGUGCAGGUUUGUGUGUGCGUUUUGUGCGAGCGUGUCUGUUUUGACUUCAUAACCAGUGGACGGAUUCACAGUAGCAUGCCAUGGAUUGUGCGGAGGAGGCAGGCUAGCCCGCAUAGCGCAGGCUAUAAAUAGAUAUAUUGCCACGAAGCACACAGGUGGCUCAGGGUCUCAGCCCCGUAGGCUUCGCGUCCCCCGUCUGCCGUGCGGGAGGACAGAGAGGCGAGGAGGCGAGCAGUGGCUUGGCACGGGUGGUGACUGGAGCAGGGGUCAUGCCCGGGACGACAUACCGUAGUUGACACGCAGUAAACUGGGAGCUUAGCAGAAUGAGGAACAUGUUGUUCGCACGCGUUGGCGGCGCGUGGUGCACGGCACGAAGUAAGCUGUAAACCUUUGCCGCG